CAGAAGGAGUGAAAAUAGUGACGAAACCCUGAAAUUACUACAAUUCUAGUGCAACCAAAGGCAUCACGUUACUAUUAUCCGUGUUUUCCGAGGUGUAUGCGCUACUCCGUCUAACGUUUGCAUUAGCUGCGCUUGAGAAAAGUUACACCUCUACUCGGUUCGAAAAUCCCAGAGCAUUGCGGCGAUGGCGUCGGGGUCCGAGGGAAUGUCGUGCUACACGAUAAUAAAUCCUCCCGAAAUUGAGCUGUACAAUGAGAUGCAAAUCAAACAGGAUCUCGAGAAGGGUGAAGUGAACGUAAAGAUCGAAACGAUGAAGAAAGUCAUCCAGCUAAUGCUGCAGGGCGAACGGUUGCCGAACCUGCUAAUGACGAUCAUCCGUUUCGUGCUGCCUCUGCAAAAUCACACCCUCAAGAAGCUGCUGCUAAUCUACUGGGAGAUAGUGCCGAAAACGUCGGCCGACGGUAAGCUGCUGCAGGAGAUGAUAUUGGUCUGCGAUGCGUACCGAAAGGAUCUACAGCAUCCGAACGAGUUUUUGCGCGGCGCUACAUUGCGCUUUUUGUGCAAGCUGAAGGAACCGGAACUGCUGGAACCGCUGAUGCCAACCAUUCGCAGCAGUCUCGAACACCGUCACUCGUACGUGCGCCGUAACGCGGUACUCGCCAUCUUUACCAUCUACAAGAACUUCGAUUGGUUGGUGCCCGAUGGGCCGGAGUUGAUUGCAAACUUUCUCGACACACAGCAAGACAUGUCGUGCAAGCGAAAUGCUUUCCUCAUGCUGCUGCACGCGGAUCAGGAGCGGGCGUUGAACUAUUUGGCCUCCUGCUUGGAUCAGGUGAGCAGCUUCGGUGACAUUUUGCAGCUGGUUAUCGUCGAGCUGAUCUACAAGGUGUGUCAUGCCAAUCCGGCCGAACGAUCGCGCUUCAUUCGCUGUAUCUACAAUCUGUUGAACUCAUCCUCGAACGCAGUUCGAUAUGAGGCAGCAGGUACGCUGGUGACGCUUUCCACUGCACCGACCGCUAUUAAGGCGGCCGUCAGCUGCUAUAUCGAUCUGAUCGUGAAAGAGAGCGACAACAACGUGAAGUUGAUCGUGCUGGAUCGGUUAAUUGCGUUGAAGGAGAACGAAAACAUCGAACGCAUCAUGCAGGAACUCGUGAUGGACGUACUGCGGGUGCUCAGUGCCACCGACAUUGAGGUGCGCCGAAAGACGCUAGCGCUAGCGAUGGAUCUGGUGUCUUCGCGUAACAUUGAAGAGAUGGUGCUGGUGUUGAAGAAGGAAGUCUCCAAAACGCACAAUAUCGAGCAUGAAGAUACGGGCAAGUACCGACAGUUGCUCGUACGCACGCUACAUACGUGUUGCAUAAAGUUUCCGGACGUGGCAGCGGCCGUCAUUCCGGUGCUGGUGGAAUUCCUAUCCGACACGAACGAGCUGGCCGCUGGAGAUGUGUUAGUGUUCGUGCGGGAAGCGAUUCAAAAGUUUUCCCACCUGCAGCCGCUGGUCAUCGAGAAGUUGCUGGAGGCGUUCCCGGCCAUCAAGUCGGCUAAAAUUCACCGUACUACGCUGUGGAUUUUGGGCGAGUAUGCCAACUCACUGAAGGACAUUAUGGAGGUGAUCGGUGUCGUGAACCGUGCCCUGGGUGAGGUACCGAUUGUUGAGGCGGAACAAAGCCGACUAGCCGGGAAUGAUACGGCUGAAGAGGAGCAAAAAACGACCGAAGCCGUGAACAACACUACCAAUAAGGUUACUUCGGAUGGCACCUACGCUACUCAGAGCGCUUUCAGUGUUGCACCGGUUGCCAAAAAGGUGGAACGGCCUCCGCUGCGACAGUACAUGAUGGAUGGCGACUUCUUCGUUGCGGCCACACUUGCCUCAACGCUAACAAAGCUGGCCUUAAAGUUCAUCCAGCUGGAAUCGAACGAAAAGAAGCAGAACCGUCUGUGCACCUGCGCCAUGCUAAUCAUGAGCUCCAUCCUACAUCUUGGCAAGUCCGGGUUGCCAACGAAAGCAAUCACAAAUGAUGAUACAGAUCGGAUUUACCUUUGCCUCAAAACGCUCACCCUGAGGACACCCGAAAUAGUAGACAUCUUUACGCAAAGUUGCCGAAACGCACUGGCCAACAUGCUGAACGCUCAGAGCGACGAGAAGGCCCAGGAGAAGAAGGACAAGCAGCAAAAGAACGCUGCCAAAAUACAGCCGGACGAUCCGAUCGCUUUCACGCAGCUGGCGAACGGGAAGAACGAUCAACUCGGUGAGAAUGUGUUCGAGCUGAGCUUGAACCAAGCGCUGGCUGGCACCAAGAGCACUGCGCUGACGGACGUCGCUUCACCGAACAGCAAGCUGAACAAAGUGACCCAGCUGACCGGAUUCUCCGAUCCGGUCUAUGCGGAAGCGUACGUGCACGUAAACCAGUACGAUAUUGUGCUGGACGUGCUGAUCGUCAACCAGACUAGUGACACGUUGCAAAACUGUACGCUUGAGCUGGCCACCGUUGGCGAUUUGAAGUUGGUCGAGAAGCCCCAUCCGGUCGUACUGGCGCCUCAUGAUUUCUGCAACAUCAAGGCAAAUGUGAAGGUAUCGUCCACGGAAAAUGGUAUCAUUUUUGGCAACAUUGUGUACGACACAACAUUCUCAUCGAAUGUGGUCGUGCUGAAUACUAUUCAGAUCGACAUCAUGGAUUAUAUCCUGCCGGCAACCUGCACCGACACCGAGUUCCGCACGAUGUGGGUCGAGUUUGAGUGGGAAAACAAGGUGUCCGUCAACACGACACUUACCGAUUUGCACGAUUACCUGCGGCUGCUGCUCAAGUCGACCAACAUGAAGUGCCUCACGCCAGAGAAGGCACUUUCGGGACAGUGUGGUUUUAUGGCGGCCAAUAUGUACGCGAGGUCGAUUUUCGGUGAGGACGCUUUGGCAAACUUAAGCAUCGAAAAGCCCUUAGAUCGUCCGGAUGCUCCCGUGACCGGGCACAUAAGAAUACGGGCUAAGAGCCAGGGUAUGGCACUCAGCUUGGGCGACAAAAUCAACCAUACACAAAAGUGUUUGCAGGAGAAAUCGGUUGCCGCUUAAUACACUCCACCGUUCAGAGCGCUCUUAGUUUUGUGAGAGAUUCUAGUAUUCUUGCCCCAUGCAGUUCGCGGCCAGAUAUAUCCACAUUAGCGGUGGUUCCGUGGGUCAAUUGGCGCUCGCAAGCCAUGGACCGUUUGUCCAGGAGGCAUUGGCUUUAAUGCGUGGUCGAAGAAAUAUUCAAUUAUAACAAAACUCUCCUACAAACACAGCAUUCAUAUGCAUUGGGGUUUGCUUGGUUAAUUUUCUGCACUCCUUUUUUAUGUAUGUGACACCAGGAGCUGCAUUUGUUUGCCACUGCGUGGGGGUAAGACCAUGGGGUAUCGAGUCUCCAUUCCUAUAUUUUAUCUUUAUUUUUUUAAAUAGUAACAGUUAUCUAUUCAUGCACCUAAUUCAUAGCGGAAGAAGGUUUUUCGCUAUGAAGUCUAUCGCAAAAUAAAUAAGAAAAUCUGUUUAUCCAUUCACGCGAGCGAAUGUGUUGCUUUUCGAAAGGGCAAAUA